AUGCUGAGGCAGCUGUUGACAAGCUUUACGCACACAUCGACAGUGCUUACCUCCAGUACACGGCGCUUGUCAGAACACACCUACAUUCGGGAUCAUGUGUUCAAAGGGAGGCCGGUGCAGCGCACUCCUCCUUGGGCCGAAGAGGAGGUAGCCAGCUCAGCACAGUUACCAGCACGACAGGGUAUGGUGGCACGGUGGCCUUUCACUGACGUCGUCGAUGAGAUUGAAGAAACCAAGAUAGCGCUCAGGUCCAAGCUCAAGAUUAAGACCCGUGGCACGACUGCUCUGGCCGUACACCCUAGUCUGAACGUUCAAGCUAUCGAAGAUGAGCUGCUGAAGGGCGAGCAAUGUACCAAGCCCAUCGAAGUUGACAAGCGUUCCCAUAAGGUGCUCAAGAGCCUGUUCCACGUUCCCUCAUCAGAGCCAUCCGAGUACCUCCGGGCCAUCAAUUGA